CUAGUGUUAUACAAAGCUGACGCUGCUGGUCGUUUGCGUUUAGACUGUUGUUACGGACCGUAUUUUCGGGACCUCAAGGGGGAAUCAACUCGUGACCGGCAGAAUGCGGCUUCAGCGCCAUGCCGCAGCUGGACUAGGUGCCACAAAGCACCGAGACACGCUUACGGCGCGGCUGCCAUGCCAGUCAACUCGCGGGCGGGCUGCACUCCAAGUCGCGUGCGUCGCAACGCCUCACAGCGCAGACUCGCAGAAGGGGGCGCCAAAGGCCACUGCUACGCCUUCUGGGCAGUACGUCAGCAGCCCCUACGGAGCCGGGCGCGUUCUCACGCCCUCGCCUCCCGGAAGCAUCGACGACGAUGAUGUGCUGGAGCUGAAGAACCUGCGAAACUACCUGGUGCCCAGGGACAGCCCCUUUAUUGUGGACAACAACCAGGGCGGCGGCUUUGUUGGCGACCGUGACCGCAUUCGCCUGCACACGGUGGAGUUUGAGAGCACCGAGUCCGCAGGCUCGUUCUGCGCUGACGGCGUCCUGACCAACGGCGACGAGGACUCAUGCAUUCUGCUGCCUGAGUGGGCCAUUCGCUGCGGCCCCCGCAAAACCAUCUACUUCGACCCGCAGCAGGUCAGCGCCGCCGUUGUCACGUGCGGUGGCCUGUGCCCCGGCCUGAACGACGUGGUGCAGAACAUUGUGUACACGCUGACGGACUAUGGUGUGCCCGAGGACAACAUCCUGGGCAUCCGCUACGGCCUGCGCGGCUUUUACGAACGCGAUGCCAAGCCCAUCACGCUGACGCGCAAGUACGUGGACGGCAUCCACCUCAAGGGCGGCACCAUGCUGGGCACCAGCCGCGGCGGCGCCAACGUGAAGGAGAUCGUGCGCCGCAUCGACCUGUGGGGCCUCAACAUGGUCUUCGUGGUGGGCGGCAACGGCGGAAACGCGGCCGCCAACGCCAUCUCGGAGGAGUGCGAGGCGCAGGGCGUGUGCUGCUCCGUGGUGGGCGUGCCCAAGUCCAUCGACAACGACAUCCUCAUCAUUGACAAGUGCUUUGGCUUCGAGACGGCGGUGCAGGAGGCGCAGCGCGCGCUGCUGGCAGCCAAGGUGGAGGCCGGCAGCGCCCGCAACGGCCUGGGCGUGGUGAAGCUGAUGGGCCGCCAGUCGGGCUUCAUCGCCAUGCAGGCCGCCAUGGCGUCAGGUGUCGCGGAUGUGUGCCUCAUCCCCGAAAUCCCCUUCCGCAUGGACAAGCUGUGCGAACACGUUGAGAGCAUCUUUGAGAAGCAGGGCCACUGCGUGGUGUGCGUGGCGGAGGGUGCCGGGCAAGACCUGCUGACGGCGGGCGGCACGGGCGGCACCGACGCCAGCGGCAACCCCAUCCUGGCGGACAUCGGCAUCUUCAUGCGCAACGAGUUCAAAAAGCACUUCAAGGGCGAAGCCGACAUCAAGUACAUCGACCCCUCCUACAUGAUCCGCUCCGUGCCCACCACCAGCAACGACCGCAUCUACUGCAAGGUGCUGGGCCAGGGCGCGGUGCACGGCGCCUUCGCGGGCUUUACCGACGUCACUGUGGGCCUGGUCAACACGCAUUACGUCUACCUGCCCAUCCCCACCAUCAUUCAGGCGGCGCGCAAGGUGAACCCCAAGGGCCGCCGCUGGAACCGCCUCAUCACCGCCAUCCGCCAGCCCGACAUGGCGUGAGCGGCCAGCUGAGCGGCCUGCAACGGAGGCGGCACGGCAGCGUGUCAGUGGAGCACCAGCCAGUGGCCUGGGCACAUUGCUCAGGCCUGCCUGCCGGCGCGCGUGCAUUUACGGCAAUCAUCUGGAGAGGCGGAUGCGCUGUGGCCAUAGCAGGGACUAUUUGAACUUGCUGUCGAUUUUAGUGAGGAAUGCGUUGCGUAGCGUGCGGUUGACACAUGCACUCCAGCCGGUGGGGACUUGAGCGGCGUAUGGCUCAUUGAAACGUGAGCUGGCUUGUUGCAGUGGCAAGUUGCUGCACGAUCCUUAUUCAUCAGCAGUGCCCUCGUGUGUAGCAUUACUAUCGCUGGCUGCGAAGUUGGUUGGGCUGGCUAUACCUCGCGGUCGUACCUUGAGGCCGGCUCCAUCCACUGCAAAUGCAUGUGCCCCUAACUAUAAUCUGCGCAUGCGUGUCAUAAGCAGGUGCAUUGCAUGCGCUACCUCCUGGCCAACUUGACUGCGGUCGAAAUCCUGUAACGA